CCGUACCCCAAGACACAAGAAGCAGAUUUCCUUUAAUCAUGACUUCUACCGGCUUUGACUUUUAUUUUCCUUCUACUUACAAGAGGCGAACCGUUGUGCGUAGCGCAGGAUAUGGAUCAAGUGGAGGUCUCGAAUCAAGGGCUGCAUAUUCGAGCCACUCUGCCCCAACACAGUAUGCAUCGUCAUACAGAGGUUUUCCGACCCACACUCGAGGUACCUCCAGCUCUUUCCUGCUUUCCGCUCCAGGGUAUACAGCAGCCUCCGAGCUACGCCUUGACCAAGCAGCACAGGUCACCUCUGAAUUCAAACAAUUAAGGACGCAGGAGAAGGCUGAGCUACAAGACCUAAAUGAUCGCUUUGCAAACUUCAUAGAUAGGGUUCAUGAACUGGAGCAACAAAACAAGUUGCUGGAGACUGAACGACUGUUGCUCAGACAGCGCCAAACAGAGCCAUCGAACCUCCGGGCUCAAUACGAGCACGAGAUCCGCCAGCUAAAUGCUGCAGUGGAGGAGGCCCAAUAUGAGAGACAAGCUGCCCAGCACCACAGGGAUGAGAUAGAGGGCGUGCUGAAGAACCUGCAAAAACGCUAUGAGGAUGAAGUUCUUGGAAGGGAGGGGGCAGAAGGCAGGCUCAUGGAUGCCAGAAAGGAGGCAGAUGAGGCAGCAAUGGAGAGAAGUGAGCUUGAAAAAAGAGUGGAAAUUCUGCUGGAUGAGUUGGCCUUCCUGAAGCGUCUUUGCGAGAGUGAAAUAGCAGAACUCCAGGCCCAAAUCCAAUACAGCGCAGAAGUGUCUGUAGAGAUGAAUGUAGUUAAACCUGACCUCUCGGUUGCUUUACGGGACAUCCGAUCCCAGUAUGAGACCAUGGCGCAACGCAAUCGCCAGUCAGCUGAGGAGUGGUUCUGCAAUAAGAUGAAUGUUAUGUCGGUGGGCACUGCUCGCAAUACAGAGAAUGUACGUAAUGUCAAAGAUGAGGCUGGUGAAUACCGCAGGCAGCUAAAAACUAGGAUGUUGGAGAUUGAUGCCUGUAGAGAGAUAAACCAAGCAUUGGAAAACCAAUUGCAGGAAGUGGAGGAGAAACAGAGUGCUGAGAUUUCUGCACUGCAGGAUGCCAUAAAUCAUCUGGAGGAAGAAUUGAGGGGAAACAAGAACGAAAUGGCUCGUUACCUGAAAGAUUAUCAAGAUCUCUUGAAUGUGAAGAUGGCCUUGGACAUUGAAAUUGCAGCCUACAGAAAGCUGCUUGAAGGAGAAGAAAACCGCUUAGACCGCUGUGGCCAGAUGUCUUCUGUUGUUCACUCGCAAGCUGUAUUCGCUGGACCUCUUCAUGGAAGACCCAUGCAAAGAGUCUCCAUGCCAUCUCAGCUGCAUUCAUAUACUCCGUACCUAUUGACCUCUCGCUUGUACGGAUCAACAAUCUCCGCUGAGGAGACAAUAUCAGCAAGUAUGGCACAGCAAUCGGAGAGAAGCCGUCCUCAGGAAGAGGUGGAGGAGGAGGAGGAGGAAGAAGAGGAGGAGGAGCAGGAGGAAGAGGAGGAGAAGGACGAAGUAGAUGACAAGGACAAAGGAGAGGAAGAUGACGAGGGUGAGGAUGAAGCUGAUGGAGAGGAUGCGGAGGCAGAAGAUCCAGUAAAGGAGGAUGAGGAGGAAGGAGCGGAUGAAUCUGAUCACAAAGAAGAAGGGGAGGACCAUGAUGAUGAAAAGAAAGGAAGACAAAAGGAAGUGGAAACUGAGGUCGAUGGAAAAAAUGGAAAACAGUAGUGUUUAUGAAUGUUAGUAACUUGCAGCUAAAGCAACUGCUCUCCUGUGAGGCUCGUAUAUAUCGUCCGUUAAAUUGUAAAGGUGACUGUCUCAACUUGUUGCAUGGAUGCUACACUUGAACCCUUUUCAAAGUAAUGAGAAUCUCACAACAAUUAUAACUACAGUAUAAUUGUGCUUAGUGUAGAUUUGUUUGCAGCAUCUUUAUGCUUGACACUAGAAUAUGUUAGUCGGAAGGUUGGUACCGAAUUGGUUAAUAUCCUAACAGUGGUUGCUGCUGUUCCAUGAUGUGCUGAAAUAAUAAAGCCUUGAAGCCUUACCAAUUGA